CGAUUGGCCGGCGCCCGUCCUGCCGCGGAGCAUUGUGGGCCAGGCUCCAGGGCUACCUCGCGCCAUGUCGGCCUCCCCGGUGAAGCGGCCAAGGAUGGACAACGCGCUGGACCAGCUCAAGCAGUUCACCACGGUGGUGGCGGACACGGGCGACUUCAACGCCAUCGAAGAGUACAAGCCCCAAGAUGCCACCACCAACCCAUCCCUGAUCCUGGCUGCUGCGCAGAUGGCUGCCUACCAGGAGCUGGUGGACGCGGCCAUCGCCUACGGCAAGAAGCUGGGCGGGUCCCAAGAGGAACAGGUUAAAAACGCCAUUGACAAACUUUACGUGCUGUUCGGGGCAGAAAUACUGAAGAAGAUUCCUGGCCGCGUGUCCACUGAAGUGGAUGCCAGGCUCUCCUUCGACAAGGACGCCAUGGUGGCCCGGGCACGGCGCCUCAUUGACCUCUACAAGGAGCUGGGCGUGGGCAAGGAGCGGGUCCUCAUCAAGCUCUCGUCUACCUGGGAAGGCAUCCAGGCCGGAAAGGAGCUGGAGGAGCGCCACGGCAUCCACUGCAACAUGACGCUGCUCUUCUCCUUCGCCCAGGCCGUGGCCUGUGCCGAGGCAGGGGUGACGCUCAUCUCCCCGUUUGUGGGGCGCAUCCUCGACUGGCACGUGGCCAACACGGACAAGAAGUCCUACGAGCCACUGGAGGACCCGGGCGUGCAGAGCGUCACGAAGAUCUACAACUACUACAAGAAGUUCGGCUACAAGACCAUUGUCAUGGGCGCCUCCUUCCGCAACACGGGCGAGAUCAAGGCGCUGGCGGGCUGCGACUUCCUCACCAUCGCGCCCAAGCUCCUGGCCGAGCUGCUCAAGGACAGCAGCAAGCUCAGCCCCGUGCUGUCGCCCAAGGCUGCCCAGGCCAGCACCCUGGAGAAGGUGCACCUGGAUGAGAAGGCCUUCCGCUGGCUGCACAACGAGGACCAGAUGGCUGUGGAGAAGCUCUCUGACGGGAUCCGCAAGUUUGCGGCCGACUCCAUCAAGCUGGAGCGGAUGCUGAUGGAGCGGAUGUUCAGUGCCGAGAACGGGAAGUAGGACGCCCCGCCGCACCCUCUCUGCCAGCCAAGCGCAUGAUGAGGACCCCGUGCCCAACCUUGGUGGGGACGCACAGGGUCUGAUCUUGUCACCUCCGGUCUGAAACAUUAAAGCCGUCACUGCC